AUGUCGAUGCGCUUCGUCCCCAGCAGCCAGGCUGCCAGCAGCUACUCUCACACCGGCGGCGCCUCGCAGCAGGCCUCGACCUCCGCGCCCUCCGCGCCCGGCCUCCACGACACGCUGCGCUACGGCGUCGGCCCGUCCGCCUACGACGCGCAGACGACGCGCGUUACGUCGGCCCACCCCCUCGAGGCCCGCCUCAAGAACUGGGAGGCCACGCAGGAGGCUGUCCGCAUGGAGUCGCUCAAGCGCACCUUUGGCAUGGGCGAGCCCAUCCGCCGCGGCAUGGAGCUCAAGAUUGUCCGCGACGGCCAGUGGCGGCCCAUGGUCCUCGGCACCGGACUGCCCAGCAUCCACGAGGACAUCCUGCGCGGGCGCGAGGACACCAUCACCUGGGAGGACGUCUACACCGGCGACGAGUCGAGAGGCGUCGCUGGCUUCCACGAGGAAAUGGAGAAGAAGUGCAAGGUCUAA